GAAGCCCCUUCAAAUCGCAGCCUUACCUACGAAGGACUGCACUUUGAAGAGGCCAUUUUCAAGACGACCGACGACUUCCUUCAAUCUCCCAGCACCAUGAACGCCCCCAUUUAAGACCUAACCUAGAACUUGAACCGUCAUCCCGUCUGAUCUGGAAAGAUUUGUUUCCAAGCGGCGAGAAGCGAAGAUGGUGAAGGGUAAGAUUGCGAUCCGGAAGAUUAAUUGCUCGAAGAGCAGGCAAGUGACUUUCUUCAAGAGGAGGACUGGGCUGCUGAAGAAGGCAAAGGAGCUCUCCAUUCUUUGCGACGCUGAAAUUGGCGUCAUCAUCUUCUCCUGCACUGGCAAGCUUUACGACUACGCAAGCACCAGCAUGAAUUCAGUUAUCGAACGUUAUAACAAAAUGAAGCAGGAUAACCAGCAACAAUCUAUUACUGCUGCGGCGAUCCAGUUUUUGCAAACGGAGACGGAGAGCUUGAACCAGCAGCUGAGGUGUUUGCAGGAAUGCAACAGGCGACUGAUGGGAGAAGAGCUUUCCAAACUAGGUUUGGAGGACUUGAAAAAUCUGGAAAACGUCUUGGAAAUGGGUUUGAAGAAUGUGCGCUCGAGGAAGGACCAGAUUCACAUGGAAGAAAUGAGGGAGCUAAAGAGAAAGGUUGACGACGUCGAACAAGAAAAUGUACAGCUGCGGAAGAAGUUGAGAGUAGUAGGUCGUGAUCAUAGAGAAUCGGAUGGCGAGUUUUUUGCAGAAACUAGUUGUAAUAAAGAAAGGAGCAAGAUGAGUUCUCAAGCAAUCCCGUACGAAGAUGACAUGCCUGAACGUAUCGUUCUGCAACUAAGCUUGCAACCAAAGCCCUAUCUUUUGGAUGUGCAAAAAGCUGCAAGUGGAUAACGAUUGCUAUGGCCGUCGAGGAAUGUCGACAUGCUUCUCAAUAAAUGAAUUCCUUUGACGGUGUAUUUACUAAUAAAGUUGGAUUGAUACGGUGUAGAAUUACAUUUUUCACAGACGAUAGUAUACCUAUGUUGGAGCCCCCUAUGUCCGACAAGAAUUGAUAUAUUCUAUGAGAUUGAUAAUUUUGAUCUAAUUGGGUUGGUUGAAGCA